AUGACGGCUAAGAACGUUUCUGAACAAGUCACUGCUAUUGUUGCAAACCAGUUGAAAGUAAACAACACUCUCACCCAACUUCAUCUUCGAUGGAACGAAAUAUCCGAUAGAGGAGGUGAAGCACUAGCAGAAGCACUCAAAGUAAACAACACUCUCACUCAACUUGAACUUGGAUAUAACAGAAUAUCCGAGAGAGGAGGUGAAGCACUAGCAGAAGCAUUAAAAGUAAACAACACCCUUACUCAUCUUGAUCUUAGCAGCAACCGAAUAUCCGGGAGAGGAGGUGAAGCACUAGCACAAGCACUAAAACUAAACAACACUCUUACUAAACUUGAACUUGGAUAUAACAAAAUAUCCGAUAGAGGAGGUGAUGCACUAGCAGAAGCAUUGAAAGUAAACAACACUCUCACUCAACUUGAUCUUAGCAGCAACCAAAUAUCCGAUAGAAGAGGUGAAGCACUAGCAGAAGCACUGAAAGUAAACAACACUCUCACUCAACUUCAUCUUGGAUGGAACGAAAUAUCCGAUAGAGGUGGUGAAGCACUAGCAGAAGCAUUGAAACUAAACAACACUCUCACUCAUCUUGAACUUGAAUGUAACCAAAUUAUCCGAUGAAGGAGGUGAAGCACUAGCAGAAGCACUGAAAGUAAACAACACUCUCACUAAACUUGAUAUUAGCAGCAACCGAAUAUCCGACAGAGGAGGUAAAGCACUAGCAGGAGCCCUAAAACUAAACAACACUCUCACUCAACUUCAUCUUGGAUAUAACAAAAUAUCCGAUAGAGGAGGUGAUGCUCUAGCAGAAGCACUGAAAGUAAACAACACUCUCUCUCAUCUUGAUCUUAGCAGCAACCAAAUAUCCGAUAGAGGAUGUGAAGCAGUAGCAGAAGCACUAAAAGUAAACAACACUCUCAGUAAACUUCAGUUUGCAUAUAGCCAAAUAUCCGAUAGAGGAGGUGAAGCACUAGCAGAAGCAUUGAAAGUAAACAACAGUCUCACUCAGCUUGAUCUUGGAUAUAACCAAAUAUCCGAUAGAGGAGGGGAAGCACUAGCAGAAGCAUUGAAAGUAAACAAGACUCUCACUCAUCUUGAUCUUAGCGGCAACCGAAUGUCUGAUAGAGGAGGUGAAGCACUAGCACAAGCAUUGAAAGCAAACCACACUGUCACUCAACUUGAUCUUAGAAGCAACUGAAUAUCUGAUAGAGGAGGUGAAAGACAAGUGAAAGAAAAAUGUGUUUUGGACUUAAAUAAUUCGUAUUAAUUUUUUGUGCGACGCCGUUUAUUCAAAGAAAGAAAAAUAUUUCUCUGUCUUUUUCAAAUUUCAUUUGUUGUUCUUUCAUGUUGUAAGUAGUAAUGAUGUUUAUAAAUAGUCUUUAUAAAAAUGUGAUUAACGUAUUGAAAAGACGGCUACAGCGAAGAUAAACGAAGGAAGAAAACAAAAGCAGAAUGAUCAGAAGAUUUGUUAUUUGAAAUGAGAAUGAAUACUGAAGAUACAUAAACUCAUUGAUAACAGACCUUGGACCAGCAAGUGUAGACACUUUUCAUUUAGCUUUGGCACUCAGUGUUGGUGCCAAAGUUGUCCUAUAUGACACAACUAUCGUCCUUCACACUCCGUAUGAAAUUGAGCGAUUUCGACAGCAUGACGGCUCAGAACGUUUCUGAACAAGUCACUGCUAUCGUUGCAAACGAAUUUAAAGUAAAUAACACUCUCACUCAACUUCAUCCUCUAUGGCUUUUAUUGUUGAUCCUAUAACUUUGCAAAGAAAGACCGUGUGGAGCUGGGAGAUAUUCCAUUUUAAUCAGAAAUGUGCAGGCUACAAUCAAGCCUUGUUAAGAAAGGCUUUGAUUAUUUUUUGCAGUUUCUGAAAACUGUUUUUUCAAAAACCAGGAUCUUCAGAGAUCCCUGGGGGAAAACCAUUGUGAUAUUCGGAUUCAGCACACGCGAUUAUCUAUUGUCCACUAAGUUUCAGGCGAAAAAGCGAUGGGACAGUUGGUGGCCUUCCCUCGUCAGACAUUUUCCGAAAACAUUUAUUGCACAAUGUAUUUCUAUAGCGUCUAGUAUUCAGGGAUACGCAUUCUCUGAAAGUCCAAGCGUGAAUGUUUUCUUCACAUACGGCAAACGUUACCUUAUUGGUAAGGCUCACGUUAGAAUCAUAAGACAUCAGCCUCUCUCACC